CCUUCCUCUAACCGCCGUUCAACUGUUAUCAUUUUCCCAUCACACAAUUCUCCCGGGAACUCAAUUCCCACCAAAAAAAUGCUCCGCCCAUGGCAGCCACCUUCGCUGUCACCGCCGGCGAUGGCCUUCCCCCACAAAAACACCCCUCCACGGCUGAAAUUUCCGAGAGCUUCAGCCUCCACCACGAAUGCAAGCGAAGAGGACGACAACAGGUCUCAACCGGGCAAAAUCAGGCGCCAGGUUCUGACCCAGCAGGGGCGGGGUAAGCUCGACCUGAGAUCGGACAGGGACUUCUACGCCUACCCGAGGUUCGUCACUCACGUCGAUGGUGGGUUCAUCUCGGCGCUGACGGAGCUCUACAGGCGGAGGCUGCAAUCCGGGUCGGAGGUUCUUGACCUGAUGAGCUCGUGGGUCAGCCAUCUGCCAGAAGAAAUGGAGUUCAAGAGAGUGGUGGGUCACGGGCUUAACGCCCAGGAGCUUGCGAGGAAUCCUCGUCUGGAUUACUUCUUCGUAAAGGAUCUUAAUCGGGACCAGAGGCUCGAGCUCGAGAGCUCGAGCUUUGAUGCUGUUUUGUGCACUGUCAGCGUCCAAUAUCUGCAGUAUCCAGAGCAGGUUUUUGCCGAAGUGUUCAGAGCGCUGAGACCAGGAGGAGUGUUCAUAGUGAGUUUCAGCAAUCGAAUGUUCUAUGAAAAGGCUAUUACUUCGUGGAGAGAUGGCAGUGACUACAGCAGAGUGCAGCUUGUGGUACAGUAUUUCCAGUCUGUGGUAGGAUUCACUGGGGCUGAGGUCGUCAGGAAAUCACCUGGUGGCAGGAAGGGAGGAGAAGGAGAGAGGCCAUGGUACAUGGGGUUGCUCGAAUUAUUGUCCGGUUCGUCAAAAGAUCCCUUCUAUGCUGUCAUUGCUUACAAGAAUUUCAAACCUGUUUAUGAAUAAACCGAUGGUUAGAUAUAUGUCAUAGUUUUGUAACGCUAUUAUAUGGUUCAGCAUGGUUUUGGCAUUAAAUAUUGAACCGUUGGUCACUAGUUUGAUCUCCAGUAAGAUGUCACAAACAAGAAUGCAAUGAUGCAAAGGAAAUAUGAGAAAUGGCUUUCAGCAACCUCCCAGAAAUAGUUUCAAAUUUUAUCA